UGGCAGUAUCUGUCUCUAAAAGCCGAACAAUGGCAGAUGCCGCGGAAUUGGAUUAAAAGACUCCAGAAAAUACUGUAGUUCAUCUUUAAACUAAGACAAGAUUUUCUGAUAGGAAACUGGUACUUAACAUGGUGUAUUCUUGGCAAGGAAACCCGGGAUCCCGGCGCCUGCUGCUCUCUCUUCUGAUCCUCGCAGCCUGGGAGUCAGGGAGGGGCCAGCUCCACUACUCGGUCCCCGAGGAGGCCAAACACGGCACCUUUGUGGGACGUAUCGCGCAGGAUCUGGGACUGGAACUGGCGGAGCUGGUGCCGCGCCUUUUCCGGGUAGUGUCCAAAGGCCGCGGGGACCUUCUGGAGGUGAAUCUGCAGAAUGGCAUUUUGUUUGUGAAUUCUCGGAUCGACCGGGAGGAGCUGUGCGGGCGGAGCGCGGAUUGUAGCAUCCACCUGGAGGUGAUCGUGGACAGGCCGCUGCAGGUUUUCCACGUGGAGGUGGAGGUGAAGGACAUUAAUGAUAACCCGCCGGUGUUCCCAUUAAAAGAACAAAAGCUGUUUGUUUCAGAAUCCAGAAUGCCAGACUCACGGUUUCCGCUAGAGGGCGCGUCCGACGCAGAUAUUGGAGCUAACUGCGUUUUAACCUAUAGGCUUAGCUCUAAUGAUUACUUCACGCUAGAUGUGAAUUCAAAGAACGACGAAAAUAAACUGGUUGAGCUUGUGUUAAGGAAACCUUUGGACAGAGAGGACGCUUCGGCACACAACUUAUUCCUGACAGCCACCGAUGGAGGCAAACCUGAGCUCACCGGCACCGUUCAGCUGCUGGUCACCGUGCUGGAUGUGAACGAUAAUGCUCCCACUUUCGAACAGUCCGAAUAUGAAAUAAGAAUAUUCGAAAACUCGGACAACGGAACAACAGUUAUCAGACUGAACGCUUCUGAUCGGGAUGAAGGAGCGAAUGCGGCAAUUUCAUACUCUUUUAAUAGCCUCGUUUCAACUAUGGUUACCGACCAGUUUAGCAUAAAUCCAAAUACUGGAGAAAUAGUAGUUCAAGGUAAUUUGGAUUUUGAACAAGUAAAUUUAUACAAAAUCCGCAUUGACGCGACGGACAAAGGUCACCCUCCGAUGGCAGGUCAUUGCACUGUUUUAGUGAGAGUUUUGGAUAAAAAUGAUAAUGCCCCUGAGAUUGCGUUGACUUCCUUAUCCUUGCCUGUCCGAGAGGAUGCUCGAUUCGGUACUGUCGUUGCCCUGAUUAGCGUGAACGACCUUGACUCAGGUGCCAAUGGGAAGGUUACAUGCUCCCUGACGCCCCACGUCCCCUUCAAGCUGGUGUCCACCUUCAAGAAUUACUAUUCGCUGGUGCUGGACAGCCCCCUGGACCGUGAGAGUAAACCUGACUACCAGUUGGUGGUGACCGCGCGGGACGGGGGCUCUCCUUCGCUGUGGGCCACAGCCAGCGUGUCCGUGGAGGUGGCCGACGUGAACGACAACGCGCCGGCCUUCGCGCAGCCCGAGUACACGGUGUUUGUGAAGGAGAACAACCCACCAGGCUGCCACAUCUUCACGGUGUCGGCGCGGGACGCGGACGCGCAGGAGAACGCGCGGGUGUCCUACUCGCUGGUGGAGCGGCGGGUGGGCGAGCGCGCGCUGUCGAGCUACGUGUCGGUGCACGCGGAGAGCGGCAAGGUGUACGCGCUGCAGCCGCUGGACCACGAGGAGCUGGAGCUGCUGCAACUGAGCCCCAACGAGUAUUUCUCGCUGGACUUACCAACCAAGGAUGAGCAGGUAAAACCUCUUGGACUUGUAUUACGGAAGCCUUUAGACAGGGAAGAAGCUCCGGAGCUUCAUUUAUUGCUCAUGGCCACCGAUGGGGGCAAACCCGAACUGACUGGCACCGUUCAGUUACUCAUCACGGUACUGGAUGCCAAUGACAAUGCCCCAGUUUUUGACAGGACCCUCUAUAAAGUCAAAUUGCCAGAAAAUGUCCCUAAUGGAACAUUGGUGAUUAAACUCAAUGCCUCAGAUUUAGACGAAGGUUUGAAUGGGGACAUUAUUUAUUCAUUUUCAAGUGAUACUUCACUGAAUGUGAAAGCUAAGUUCCACAUAGACUCCAUAAAUGGGGAAAUUACCGUGAUAGGACUUAUUGAUUUUGAAGAAAGUAAAACCCACAAGAUUCAAGUAGAGGCUAUUGAUAAAGGCUUCCCACCACUGGCUGGUCAUUGUACCGUUCUUGUGGAGGUUGUGGAUGUGAAUGACAAUGCUCCACAGCUGACUGUCAAAACUCUCUGGCUUCCUGUAAAAGAGAAUGCACCAGUGGGGACAGUUAUCGCCCUUGUCAGCGUGACUGACCUAGAUGCAGGUGCAAAUGGACAGGUGAUCUGCUCCCUGACACCUUCUGUCCCCUUUAAGCUGGUGUCCACCUUCAAGAAUUACUAUUCGUUGGUGCUGGACAACCCCCUGGACCGGGAGAGUGUUUCCGUCUAUGAGUUGGUGGUGACAGCUCGGGACGGGGGCUCUCCUUCUCUGUGGGCCACCGCCAGCGUGUCCGUGGAGGUGGCCGACGUGAACGACAACGCGCCGGCGUUCCCACAGCCCGAGUACACGGUGUUCCCGGCGCUGUCAGUGACUGCCACCGUGCUAGUGUCGCUGGUGGAGAGCGGUCAGGCGCCAAAGGCCUCUUCGCUGGCUUCAGCUGGGGUCGCGGGCCCUGAGGCGGCGCUGGUGGAUGUCAACGUCUACCUGAUCAUCGCCAUCUGUGCUGUGUCCAGCCUGUUGGUGCUCACGCUGCUGCUGUACACGGCGCUGCGGUGUUCGGCGCCGCCCACGGAGGGCAAGUGUAGAGCUGGGAAACCCACAAUGAUCAGCUCCAGCGCAAUGGGAAGCUGGUCAUGCUCACAGCAGAGGCGACAGAGGGUGUGCUCUGGGGAAGGUCCCCCUAAGACAGACCUAAUGGUCUUCAGCCCGGGUCUUUCUCCGUGUCCUGGACCUGCAGAUAAAACUGGAGAACCAUCUGCUUCUUUGGACUCCUCAGGGAAGGUGGGUUUUUCUUGUGUUUUAUUUAUUUAUAUAAUUAUUUAUUUAUUCUUGAAAGAUAUUUUUAUCACUUCCUACAGCAUAUUUCAAUAG